AUGCUGAGAUCAGGUACCGAUCCCAAUGAGUUCACUUUUGCAACAGUGCUGACCUCUUGUACUGGUUUAUUCGGGCUCCAAAAUGGAAGGCAAAUUCAUUCGCUUCUAGUUAAAAGCCCAUUUGUUUCCCAUAUAUAUGUUGGUAGCUCACUCCUUGACAUAUCCAAAAGAGAUUCAAGAGUCUAUCACUCUCUUGAAAAAACUAUGCCGUCGAUAAAGCCCUUUGCGACCAUUGCCGGCACGCUCCGGACCCGACUAUCACCGUCCCUCCGGACCCGAGGAGGCGGAGGGCAUGGGCCCAGCCGGUGGGCAAGUCCGGGUCACGAGGAACGCCCCAAGGGUUACCUAUUCAACCGAACGCCGCUGCCGCCGGGACAAUCUCGAAAGUGGGAGGACUGGGAGUUGCCCUGCUAUGUCACCAGCUUCCUCACAAUCGUUAUCCUUGGAGUAGGACUCAACGCCAAGCCCGAUCUCACCAUCGAGACAUGGGCCCACCAGAAAGCACUAGAAAGGCUUGAACUCGAGUCGGCCCAUACUCAACACACUGAAUCUGAUUAG